UUUCAGGGUGAUUAUGGUGAUGUAUCUGAUCGAAUCAAAAUUCGUGAGCGUCUUCAGUGUAAAUCAUUCAAAUGGUUUCUUGAGAAUGUCUAUCCUGAACAGUUUAUUCCAGGUGAAAGUUUAUAUUUUGGUGAGAUUCGAAGUCGUGCAAAAACAAGUGUGUGCAUUGAUUCACAAGAACUUGAAGAUGGUGAUAAAUCUAUUAUUGGUUAUCCAUGUCAUGGUCAAGGUGGAAAUCAAUAUUUUCUUAUGUCAAAAACAUUCGAAAUUCGUCGCGAAGAAAAAUGUUUAGAUUAUGCUGGUGGACAAGGUGAAUUAAAGAAACCAGGAAAAGUUGUCUCAUUCACUUGUCAUUCAGAGCAAGGAAAUCAAAUGUGGAAAUAUGAAGAUGAUAUGUUGAGACAUGCAUCAGGUUUUUGUGUUGAAUUAUCACAAGGAAAUGAUAAAGAUGUGUUUAUGUCAAAUUGUGAAGCAACAAAUCAAUAUCAAAAAUGGUUUUGGAAGAAGCGUUUAAAUAAUUCAACAAACACAUAA